CUUUGUUGUGACACAGCUCAUUGUCCCUGGAGGUGUGUUGUUUUUGCGUGUGUGUACCUGUUUAUGUACACCUGCAUGUGCUUGGUAUAAAAAGCGUGGGAUGCGUCCCGGCCGGUGAUUCUCUGGAAGACGAUGGCUGUACCAGGACCUCCUCUACUUCUGCUGCUGUCUCUGUUGCUGCCGCUGCUGUUGAGCAAGGCGUCCCUGCCUGCAGCUGCAUACACACUCACUUCUGAACGACAGCCACAGCAUAAAAUCCUUCACCUGGACUGGCCUAAGGAUUGUGGUAUGGCCCACUUCAAGCCCAACAUGGCUGAAAGGAUUGUGUCUGGGAAUGAGGCCAGGCCUCACUCUUGGCCCUGGCAGGUUUCUUUGCAGGUUCGGCCUAGAGGAAGUAAACAGUUCAUUCAUGUCUGUGGAGGAACUCUCAUCCACAAGAACUGGGUCCUUACUGCUGCUCACUGCUUCCAAAAGGGUAAGGCUGAGGAUGCUGGGAGCUGGAGGAUUGUCCUGGGGAAGCACCAGCUGAAGCGUUCAGAGACAGCAGAGAGGAUUAUCCCGGUGAAGAGGAUCUACCGGCACGAGAACUUCCGCUAUCCCGCUCACAGCGAGCUGGACUACGACAUCGCCCUGGUUAAGUCUGCCACAGAUAUCCUCCCCUCAAACUUCAUCCGCUACGCCUGCCUGCCGCGCAAGCAGACCAGCCUCAAACCAGGACACUACUGCUGGGUGACCGGCUGGGGAGACACCCGGGGUGGGAAGGAGAACGUAUCUCUGGCAGAAGCCCUGAAUCAAGCCCGUCUACCAAUCAUUGAUUUCAAGACCUGCCGGCAGAAGAAAUUCUGGGGAGACCGCGUCCGAGACUCCAUGAUCUGCGCCGGGUUCAGAGACACUGAGGAUCCACCAGCUGCAUGCCAGGGUGACUCUGGUGGUCCUUUGCUGUGCCAGCUGGACCGGGACCGCUGGGAGGUGCACGGCGUGGUGAGUUUCGGCCCCAUCGGUUGCACUGUGGAGAACAAACCCAGCGUCUUCACCCGCACCGUCGCCUACAUCCCCUGGAUUGAGGCAACGCGCAUCAGGGACUUCUUCCUGCACUGAGCGCUCGCAGCAAACAUAAGCUCUGCCAUUAAAUGUCCGACGUCUACAGACAGUCUCACAGCCAGUUCCUUCCACUCCAUGAUGUUAAUACAUGUUCUGAAUGUGUUGUCAUCUUCUUACAGUAUAUACUUAUACUCUGGUGAAGCACUGCAUAGUACACACUGCUCACCACCUUUUACA